AUGAUCAGAUGUCCCAUAUGCCAGAAACACGUCCUUCUUUCAGAAAUCAACGAACACCUCGAUUCUGGCUGUCAAAAAUUCAUUGCAAUUACCCACCUACAAAGUACGAUAUCAUCUACCCUAAGCGAAAAUGACUGCAACUAUCUACAACCAACGGAACAACGUCAGUCGAAAGAGAAUCGCAAGUCAACAGGACCAUCCGCUAGUGUUACCGGAAGCUCAAAGAGAGCGGUCUCUCAACCGGAUUCCAAUACCACACGCAAGAAGGCACAUGCGGGAUUAGCAACGGAGCAAUUACAUCUUCGGCAUGCACCUCUAGCUGAGCAAGUUCGGCCACGAUGCUUUGAUGAUAUCGUCGGUCAGAAAUCCUUGAUCGGGCCAAAUGGUACACUCAGGCGGUUGAUUGAACAAGAUGAGCUUCCGAACCUGAUUUUAUGGGGGCCCCCAGGAAGUGGUAAAACUACAAUUGCCAGAAUCAUCGGGCCAAUGAUGAGGAGAAAGGUCUACGAGAUUAGUAGCUUGACUACAAUAACGACAGAGUACAGAGACAUCGUCACCAAGGCUACACACGAUGGUCGGAAUAAAUCCAUCAUAUUCUGUGAUGAGAUACAUCGACUCACGCGUCCACAACAAGAUAUUUUUCUCGAUGCUAUGCGAAGGAAUAAAAUCACUCUCAUCGGUGCGACGACAGAGAACCCAUCAUUGAAUAUUCACCAUACACUUGUCUACAAAUGCAGGGUCUUCACUGUCGCAAAGCCAACUACCACUGAUUUGGCCACUAUCCUUCGUCGUUCAUUGAUAUCACAAACCCACCUAAAGUCAUCCCCACUUCUGGAUGAUGAAUUCCUUCAAUACAUAGCUGGAUUCGCUGAUGGGGACAGUAGAACCGCACUGAACGUUCUGGAGAUAGCUACCGAUCUCUGCAGACGACCAAAUAUGACCAAGGAGAAGCUGAAGUAUUCAUUAACCAAGAGCUUACUCUACGACCGUUCGGGCGACCAGCACUAUGACACCAUUUCAGCACUCCACAAGUCAAUUCGAGGCAGUGAUCCCGAUGCUGCGCUAUAUUACCUUGUACGAAUGCUCCAGUCAGGCGAGAAUCCUUUGUUCAUCGCUCGCCGGCUUAUCGUGGCGACGUCGGAGGACAUCGGGCUGGCGAAUAAUGUGUUGCAAACAUAUGCAACCUCCAUCUACUUGAUGAUUGAGAAGCUAGGGAUCAAUGACGCACAGUCUGCUUUGGCUCAACUGGUGAUAACAAUGUGUUUGUCGAAGAAGAGCACUCGAUCUUAUCGCGGGCUUAAUAAUGCCCUUGCUGCAGUGAAGGAGCCUGGGAUGGGCGAUCUUCCAAUUCCUUUUCACAUCUUGGAUCGUAGACCCGAGCUUCUGAGAGAGGCUGACCUGGUCGUGACUACCGACUCCCAACAAAGUCAGAAAAGGCUGCCAUCUACCCAGGGGUUUCUUCCGCAUGCUCUCGAAGGACGGAAGUUUCUGGAAGAUACUGAUUUUCUGUUCAAACGAGAUCCAGACCUAAGUUAUGGGUGA